GGGGUGUCGGGCAAGGGACAAAUGAUGGAGAAAGAGAGCUGAGUAAUCACGUUUCCGACUCCCAAGAAGAUACACCAACACAACUGUUGAAACCAACCCAUUUUGCUUCUGCUACUCUCAUCCCCUAAUUGGCUUCCUCCUUCCCUCCGCGUCACUUUCAGCUCUCCCACUAACAUGGCACCACCACCACAAUAUGCCCUCCUCCUAAAUGCACUCCCCAUUUCUUGAAAACCCAAUUAUUUCAGUUUCAUUUGACAAAAAAGAGAUAAAAAGGUGAUGGGGUUUGAUCUUGAAUCUGUUGCGGAGGCAACCUCGGGGGCCAUUGGAGCUCUGGUCAGCACCACCAUCUUGUACCCACUUGAUACUUGCAAGACCAAAUACCAAGCUGAAGUCCGAGCUCAGAAUCAGCAGAAGUACAGGAACAUUUCUGAUGUUUUUUGGGAAGCAAUUUCUACCCGUCAGGUGCUUUCAUUAUACCAGGGCCUUGGGACAAAGAACCUGCAGUCCUUUAUAUCACAGUUCAUCUACUUCUAUGGAUAUAGUUUUUUUAAGAGGUUGUACUUGAAGAAAAGUGGAAACAAAACCAUGGGAACAAAAGCGAAUUUGAUAGUUGCCGCCGCUGCUGGGGCUUGUACAGUCAUAGUGACACAGCCGUUGGAUACAGCAUCAUCAAGGAUGCAAACGAGUGAGUUUGGGAAAUCCAAAGGACUCUGGAAGACCCUGUCAGAGGGAACUUGGAUCGAGGCGUUUGAUGGUCUUGGCAUAUCACUUCUUUUGACUUCUAACCCGUCGAUCCAGUAUACGGUAUUUGAUCAGCUGAAACAAAAGCUAUUAAUUGGGCAGCUGAGCAAACGAACGGGUACAGAGUCAUCUCCAGAAGCUCUUUCUGCCUUUUCUGCUUUCGCUUUGGGUGCUGUCUCAAAGUGUAUCGCGUCUUGCUUGACAUACCCAGCCAUCAGGUGCAAGGUGAUGAUUCAAGCUGCAGAUGACGAUGAAGAAGGUAGCAAUGAAGUUCAAGAAAAGUCGCAUAAAACCAAAAAGACAGUUUUGGAUGCCUUUUAUGCCAUUUGGAGAAGAGAGGGGCCACUGGGUUUCUUCAAAGGAUUACAGGCUCAGAUACUAAAAACUGUUCUAAGCUCGGCAUUGCUAUUGAUGAUAAAGGAGAAGAUCACAAAGAGCACCUGGGUCCUGUUGAUUGCGCUGAAGAGAUUUCUAUUUCUCAAGCAAAGCAGAUUAAAGAAUGCUUAGUGUAGAGAUGAAGUUCUCUUAUUAAAACAUGUUCCAUUGGUUUUGUUCAUGAUUGAAUUGAUACAUAAAAGGUGUAUUGAAAUCUGGAGAUGCUGGAAGUGCAUUUUCACAUCAAGGAAGAUCUGGAUUAGAGACAAGUUUUUCUUCAUGUGUACCUUGUAGUUUGUAAUUGUUAGCAUCCUGUUAACUUUGAUUGUCGAAAGGAAGCAGGAAGAAACUGUUACAAUUAAUUAUAUUUAGCUUGAACCAGAUUUGUGUGUAACAUAUAGUGACAGCAAAGGGAAUUGGUACAAUGACAGCUAAAAAGAAUAUGAGGGUGUCUUAAAUCUUCUGAUCAUGCCAAAAUAUCUCCCUUGUGCCUCAUUUGUCAACUUUGAGAUAUAGAAUUAGACAAUUAGUAGUGCAUAUAUUAUUCAAUAACGUAAAUCCAGCCUCUUUUUCUUCACCCUCGAUCAUAUCACAAAAUCUUGGAAGAAAAACAGUUGACAAUAUUGAUGGUUCACACAACUCUUCAACAGUUUACUAUCAGCUACAACAGAGGACAUCAAGUUACCCAAGAAAUAG